GCAGCACGUCCCCGGCGCGUUACAGUGAUCACGUGAACCGCGUCACUCAAGCCAGACUGGGCUGCUUCCUCUCCCUAGCUCCGAUGUCGGAGGGGUUCGUUCUAGGAAGAAAUGGGCUCUGGCAAUGCUCGGAUUUGAUCGUUCAGAGAUCCCAUCAGUUGAGGCUGUGAAUGGCGCCAAAACAGGACCCUAAACCUAAAUUUCAAGAAGGUGAAAGAGUCCUGUGCUUCCACGGGCCACUGCUCUAUGAGGCUAAGUGUGUCAAAAUCAACAUAAAGGAUAAGCUGAUUAAAUACUUCAUUCACUACAGCGGGUGGAACAAAAACUGGGAUGAAUGGGUUCCUGAAAGCAGAGUUCUCAAAUAUGUGGACAGCAACCUCGCCAAACAAAGAGAGCUUCAAAAGGCCAACCAGGAUCAUUAUGUUGAGGGAAAGAUGAGGGGUUUUGCACCAAGCAAGAAGAUUGCUGCUGUGCAGCAGAAAAAUGUUGAUCUGAAAGUUAAAAAGGUAAAACAGAAAACACCAGGGCCGGGGGAAGGAACCAGCAGUGGAGACGCUCCCCAGCCCCCCCGGAAGAAGCGGGCUCGAGUUGACCCCACUGUGGAGAGUGAGGAGAUGUUCACCAACCGUGUGGAGGUGAAGGUGAGGAUCCCUGAGGAGCUGAAGCCCUGGCUGGUGGAUGACUGGGACCUCAUCACACGACAGAAACAGUUGUUUCAUUUGCCGGCCAAGAAGAGUGUGGAGAUGGUCUUGGAGGACUAUGCAAACUACAAGAAAUCAAAAGGAAACUCUGACAACAAGGAGUACGCUGUAAAUGAAGUGGUUGCAGGGAUUCGGGAGUACUUCAACGUCAUGCUGGGCACUCAGCUGCUUUACAAGUUUGAGAGACCUCAGUAUGCAGAGACCUUGGCUGAACACCCCGACAUGCCCAUGUCCCAAGUGUAUGGAGCACCACACCUGCUGCGUCUGUUUGUCCGGAUCGGCGCCAUGCUGGCCUACACGCUACUUGACGAGAAGAGUCUGGCUCUGCUGCUCAGUUACCUCCAGGAUUUCCUAAAUGACACCGUUUCACUUCAUCUUCAGGUACCUGGUGAAGAACUCAGCCACCCUUUUCAGUGCCACCGACUAUGAGGUCGCACCCCCAGAGUACCACCGUAAAGCCGUGUGAGGGCUCUGAGCACACCACGGCACUGCCUGUCAGGCCUCCAGUAAAAACAACCUUUCCUGUGAUCCCAGUGCAGACCUGGAGGAGCUUUUUUCACUUGAACUGUCCUGUUUCACCCCAGAAAGAUCUUAGGAACUUGUCACAGUGAAGAGACAAACAAAAACAAUAAAACCGUUUUUUAAUGGUUUGUCUCCCUUAUUCUCAGCCUUUUCAUUUUUAUACCACUUUGUUUGAAAAGAGGAAAAAAACAGUUCAUCGUUUUGACAAGCAGCUUUAUAGUGUUCUAGCGUGCUCCAGCCGUGGUGCUAGUUACUAUUGCAUGUGUGUAAUUAUUAAUCUUUAUUCUGCCUCAUGGUUAGAAAACCGUUAUUACAUAUUUUUUGUACUUUGUGCAUUUGUAUCCAUUUGGAAAAUAUGUUUCUACUCAUCUUUUUAUCUUUUAUUGAUUUUCUGGUUGACAGCUUGUAAAGGAUUUGUUGUUUUUAUUGUUUUUAAAGAUGGAUUUAACUAAAUGUGGCUCACCGAUUAAUAUUAAUAGACCGUCAGUUACUUCCUGCUGCCUGUGAGCACUUAAAACAUCAAAGACUUAUGCUCUUCUUUUUCAUCUGGCAUGACAGUGAGCUAUCACAUCCAUCUUUCAUGUACAUGGGAGUUCAUUAAAAAUGUUCUGUGUGUUUAAGUCAUGAAUGUAAGCCUCAUUAUUUAUGUUGAGACAAUAAACGUUUAAAUGUUAA